AAUGUUGCAACUGUAUAUCCUGAUGUCCAAUGCCUGGAUACGGAUGACACUACCCUCAAGCCACUGUUUUUUACCAUCAAAUUUUCCAGUACACUUCCAAGACAUCUGAUCGAGCAAAACAUACCUAUCGAGAUAUUGGUCUCAAUAGCUGAAGAAUACGGGUGCUUCACCAUGCCGUUCCUGAACAUUAUGCCAGUGGAUCUAUGGCAGUUCGAUGCUGGAAGUUCGCUACACUCAGGAGACUCAGAUGUGAGUACAUUUGGUGAAUAUAUUACCCAUCCUGAUGAUAUUCCCAUCCCAUUUCUCCCCCUUCCACCAGCAUUCAACUACACCAUUCAAGCUGAUUGGGUGGCGCUAUCAAAACAGAUCAAGAAGUGGCUCGUAGAACUCAAUACGGAAUUACCGCAGUGGACAUGGGGACGGGACACAUUUUGGUUGGCAUUUGUUGCAGGAUAUCCCUUUUUCCCCAGAGGUAACUGGCGGAUGUGGGAUCCUCGCAUACCAUUGGAAGGUGUAUUCAUUGAAAGGUGGUUAGAG